UCAUUUUAUAUAAAAUUAAACUAUUUAAAAAAGGAGGUAUAUUAAAUCUCUUUUUAUUUUACUAAUGGCUUUGAAUGUAUUAUAAUGAAUGUUUAUAUUUAUUUUAAUUUAAAAUUUAGGUUCUUAGUUAAAUACGGAUAAAACUUAGACCGUAGACGGUUACGGUUAGACGUAUCACUUAGUUGUGUUUAAUACUGCGAGUUACAUAUAAUUUUUAUUAUUUUUACCAUAUGUUUACUUUGCAUCGAGUAUGUUUACUAUUAAUAAAGUUGUUUUAAUUACAUACUAUUUAAUAUUUGUAUUAAGUAGCUACAAUUUACAAGCACAAAAGAACCAUUCAAAGAAACUUAGUGAAUGCCGAAGAUGUAAAAUUUAUAGUGAUUCUUUCAAUAAUUGGUUUGAGAAGACAUCUCGUGGUAAAUUUGAAGGUGGCGAUGCUGCUUGGGAAGAAGCUAAAUUAAAAUCGUACUCAAGGAGUGAAGUAAGACUGGUAGAAAUACAGGAAAAUCUUUGUUCUGAAUUAAAUCAUUACAAGGAUGAAUGUUAUUCAUUAGCUGAAGAAGUAGAGGCAUUUGUAGAGAAAUGGUGGUUAGGAAAUAAUGCUUUAGAUCUUUAUUCUUGGUUGUGCAUUGAAACAAUAAAGUACUGUUGUCCAAAAAAUCAUUUUGGUCCAUCAUGCACACCCUGUCCUAGAGACACUAACAACAGUAUUUGCAACAAUCAUGGAACUUGUAAUGGUGAUGGCACUCGCAAGGGUAAUGGUGAUUGUAAAUGUUAUACUGGGUAUUCAGGACAGUUUUGUAGUAUGUGUGCAAGAAACUAUUUCUUAUUUGAAUCAGUUUGUAAGCCAUGCCAUAAGUCGUGUGAUAAAUGUUAUGGUGAAGGUAACAAAAAUUGCAUAGAUUGUGCAUUAGGAUGGAAGUUAGAGGAUGGUAUGUGUACAGAUAUAAAUGAAUGCUCUCUUAAUAAUAUAGUUUGUAGUUCAGAUCAAUUUUGCAUAAAUAAUGAGGGAUCAUUUUAUUGUAAGCCAUGUGAUAGAACAUGUGAUAAAUGUUCUGGAUAUGGACCUCAUGCAUGCACUGAGUGUAAACCUGGCCAUCAAUUAUGGUCAGGUAAAUGUUUAAAUAAUAUACUAGCUACCCAGCACACAAUCAAUGCUUAUUAUAGGUUAUUCUUAUACAUUCCAAUAAUUCUAAUCUUGCUUUAUUUUUAUCAAAGAGCCAAAUCACUGGUAGCUCUUAUGACAGUAAUAAUUGCUAUAAUUAUGUACAAAAUAGAGUAUAUAUCUGAGAUAUCCAUUCAAAAUGUUAUUUUACAUAAAUAUUAUUCUCUUUAUAAAGAAAAUUAUCAUGUUUAAAUUGAAAAACAAUAUAAAAGGUGUAUUAAAAAUACAUUUAUUGUGAAGAGCAUAACUACAUACAGUUUUGAAUCAUUUAUAUACAGAAAAAUUAAAUAUAAAUUCUAAAUAAUACAACUGAAUAAAUACACAAUAUACUUUAUAAUCUAAGAGAUAUAAUAUUAUGUUGCCUAUUUAAUAUUAAUUAAGGCAACAAUGUGUUCUAAGGUGAUUAUUAAUUUAUAAUAAAUAAUAAUUACUAAAAACCUAUUGCAAACCAAACCAAAUAUUAUUAAUAGGUAAUUAAAUUUUUAGAAUCAAUUAUAUUCGCCUAAGAACACUAUCAUUCCCAAUCUGUCACAGAAGAAACAACAGAAAUGCAUUUAAUACAUUGGCCACUUUAUUGGUAGCUUCUUUGUUCACUGAAGUGUGCUCUGCAUGUCUUGUAUAACACAAAUUAUAAAUCUAAUUUUAAAUUAAAAUUUUAUUUAAACAUACCUGUUUAUUUGUUAUACAAAGUACAAUACACUAUAGUUUCAAAUUAAAAAAAAACACAUUUAUGAAGCAGCCUCAAAUUAAAUUCUUUGUUGAUUACUUGAGCUAUGAUGUGGUGAUAAGAAAACAAAACCUAUUGUCAAAAUAUUAAGAUGAAAUAAACUAUUUAACAGAG